UGCAGCUCCACCGGUGGCGCUAAUGAACCAGCAAGCCGAUUAAGCCGCUAUUCGACGAAGAAGAAUUGGAAGAAGAGAAGAAGAAUUUGAAGCAGAAGCAGCACAACUUCGCUGGAGACGAUUCAGUCCAAUUAAGAACUACGAAUAUACACAUUCAUAAUGCCUAAACCAAAGGAAGUGCUCUCCUCCACAUCUGGGAGUGACUCUGAUAGUGAUGUUGAAACCAAGGCAAAGAGAAAGAAGUCAAGUGCACCAGAGAAACCAGUUAAGAAACCAAAGACGGGAGAGAGUGUUAAGCCUGGUGGGUCUUCCAAAGGCAGCAGUAACACUGGCGACAACAUGUUCCAAAUCGGAAGGAUGAGAUAUGUCUCCGUUCGGGACUUCAAAGGUAAAGUUCUGAUCGACAUCAGAGAGUACUGGACGAAUCCAGAUGGGGAUAUCAAGCCUGGAAAGAAAGGUAACCCCAUUAAACUGUACAUACCAAUAAAUUGUCUUCGUUCAUAUGCCACUUUUCAGCUUUAUGGCUAACAAAGCCAUGAAAAU